GCGGGGGGCGGCGGGCGGCGGGCGGCGGGCUGAGGUUGGCGUGUCCGCGGGUCGGCAGCUACUGGGCUCCCUCGCUACCCUGAGAAAGCCCGUCCGCCGAGGUGGAGCGAAGCUGCCUCUCCACCGCCGCCCUUUCUGCCCUCGGAGCUCUCUCGGGAAACCUCACGUUUCCCUUGGAGUCGGGAGCCCGCGGGGUGCGCUCGGCCCUCCUUUUCCUGCUCCUCCUCUUCAGUCCGCGUCGCGAGCGGCUGCAGGCCGGGCCAGCACCCCGCGUGUGGGACUGCAUCCCUUAGCCCCAAUGCCGGUGCGAGAAGAGCUGAGUGGGUGCCCGUGGUUGGAGCUGUGCGGGUGUUCCCCGGUGGCGGGUGCGGCCACAGCACCGGGAGCUUUUAAGUUCUUUGCGCGCAAGUUGCAAGGACUGAGUGCGAGUCUGUAAUGAAAUAUUCAAGAGUUGGGCAAGACAAGCAGAGAAGAAAAAUCAAGAAUGACUCGUAUAAAAUUCUUAGUAAUCAGAAGUCAGCAUUUUGUCUUGGGAAGUUCUAAUUCAAGAAGUUUAGAAGAAUGAAAUCUUAACAGAAAGAUUAAUUGUCAGAAUUCUUUGUGUGUUUUCUAGGUACUGUCUCUGCUUAAAGUAUAAUUUGGCAUCCUGAGAGUCUGUCUUAGGAAGAAGGAAGUGGAAAAUACCCUUGGAAAAAAGAAAGCUAAGACAAAAAGGAAGCCACUUACUUUUACAUGGUCAAUUGCUCACUUACCAAUAUGGAUACUUUUCCCACUAUUUUUCCUCCUGGUGGAGACAGCGGGCUGACAGAUUCUCAAUCUGAGUUCCAAAAAAUGUUAAUUGACGAAAGGUUACGAUGUGCACAUCAUAAAACUAACUAUCAGACUCUUAAAGCUGAACACACAAGAUUGCAAGAUGAGUACAUAAAAUCACAACAUGAACUAAAGCGCCUGUUAAAUGAAAAGCAGACUCACCAGGAAAAAUUUCAGCUGCUGCUUGAAGAGCUAAGAGGGGAAUUAGUAGAGAAAACUAAAGACUUAGAAGAAAUGAAACUACAGGUAUUAACUCCACAAAAGUUGGAAUUGUUACAAGCCCAAAUACAACAAGAAUUAGAAACUCCAAUGAGAGAACGUUUUAGGAAUCUGGAUGAAGAAGUGGAAAAGUAUAGAACUGAAUAUAAUAAGCUUCGCUAUGAACAUACAUUUCUCAAAUCAGAAUUUGAACACCAGAAAGAAGAAUUUGCACGUACUUUAGAAGAAGAAAAAAUAAAAUAUGAAUCAGAGAUUGCAAGCCUGGAGAAAGAUAAAGAAGAACUACAUAAUCAACUGCUUAAGGUUGAUCCCCCAAGAAAAAGCAAACAAAUGGAGCAACUUGUUCGAGAGAAAGUUCAUUUGAGUCAGAAAUUAAAAGGUUUAGAGGCUGAAGUAGCAGAAUUAAGGGCUGAAAAAGAGAAUUCUGGUGCUCAGGUAGAAAAUGCCCAAAGAAUUCAGGUGCGGCAGUUGGCUGAGAUGCAGGCUACAGUCAGAUCCCUGGAGGCUGAAAAACAGUCAGCUAAACUACAGGCUGAACGCUUGGAAAAAGAGCUACAAUCAAGCAGUGAACAAAAUACUGUUCUAAUCAGUAAAUUGCAUAAAGCUGAGCGGGAAAUAAAUACGUUGACCAGUAAAGUAAAAGAACUUAAACAUUCAAACAAACUAGAAAUAACAGACAUCAAACUGGAGGCAGCAAGAGCUAAGAGUGAGCUAGAAAGAGAAAGGAAUAAGAUUCAGAGUGAACUGGAUGGAUUACAGUCAGACAAUGAAAUUCUCAAGUCAGCUGUCGAACACCACAAAGCUCUCCUAGUAGAAAAGGAUCGUGAAUUAAUACGUAAAGUACAAGCUGUCAAGGAAGAAGGUUAUCAAAAACUUGUGGUAUUACAAGAUGAAAAGAUAGAACUUGAGAACAGAUUAGCGGAUUUAGAGAAAAUGAAAGUGGAACAUGAUGUCUGGAGGCAAUCUGAAAAGGAUCAGUGUGAAGAGAAAUUGCGGGCUUCACAGAUGGCAGAAGAGUUGGCCAGAAGGGAACUUCAGAGUAUUAGGUUAAAACUUCAACAACAAAUUGUGAAUAUUGAAAACGCAGAGAAAGAAAAAAAUGAAAAUUCUGACCUGAAACAGCAAAUCAGUAGUUUGCAGAUCCAAGUGACCUCGCUUGCACAGUCAGAGAAUGAGUUGCUGAAUUCAAACCAAAUGCUGAAGGAAAUGGUGGAGAGGUUAAAACAAGAAUGCCGAAAUUUAAGAAGCCAAGCUGAAAAAGCACAACUAGAAGUUGAAAGGACUUUGGAAGAGAAACAGAUACAGUGGUUGGAAGAAAAGCAUAAGCUUCAGGAACGUAUCACUGACAGAGAAGAAAAGUAUAAUCAAGCUAAAGAAAAACUGCAGCGAGCUGCAAUUGCCCAGAAAAAGAGAAAAUCUCUUCAUGAAAACAAAUUGAAGAGACUGCAGGAGAAAGUAGAAGUCUUAGAGGCAAAGAGAGAAGAAUUAGAAACAGAAAAUCAGGUGUUAAAUAGACAAAAUGUUCCAUUUGAAGAAUAUACAAGACUUCAAAAAAGACUAAAGGACAUACGGAGAAGACAUAAUGAAUUUCGAAGUUUAAUUUUGCUUCCUAACAUACCUCCAACAGCAUCUGUCAAUCCUGUUAGCUUUCAGUCAUCAGCCAUGGUUCCAGGCAUGGACCUAUCCUUUCCUCCUCAUAUGCAGGAGGAACAGCAUCAAAGGGAACUCUCUCUACUUCGCAAAAGACUAGAAGAACUAGAAACAACACAAAGGAAACAACUAGAGGAACUUGGAUCUCCUGGGGAAUGAUGUUCUUAGAGAAAAAGCAGAUCAAAAGGGAUGAAAUCAGUGUGACUCAAUAAAGCUUGAAGUUUUAACAUA